AUGGAGAGGAGAGACAAAGCUGAGACAACCAGGAAUGAAAAAGUUGUGAACUGCUUACACCAGAAUCGUAAUGCACUUUUUAGGUUGGUUUGCUUUCCUUGGGGAAGAGGUGGCUCCACUUACUUUGCCAAAUGGGGCCAAGAUAUUCCUAAUUUUGUGGAAGUGCAUGCCAUACGGCUUGCUGGGAGAGAAAGUCGGUUUGAGGAACCUUUUGCAAGUGACAUGCAUCAGGUGGUUGAUGAAAUUGCCUGUGCCCUGCUGCCGAUUAUCCAGGGUGAAAAUUUCGCAUUUUUUGGCCACAGUAUGGGAUCUUAUACUGCUUUUUUACCCUGUGACACACCCUCUAAGACUCGUCUUUCUUGUGACAUAACAUGCUUUUCUGGAUCUGAAGAUAUACCAGUGGUUAUGGAAGCCUGGAAAGAUGUAACCAGUGGAAGUGUUGUGCUUCCAGGACGCCACUUCUAUCUUCUGGAACCUUCCAACACAAGCUUCAUCAAGCAUUACCUAACCAAGACUCUAGAACUAUCAGUGCCCACCUCUUGA